UUGAACUUCAGACACGUGAGUGUGGAGGAGUGUCUUUGUGCUGGUGCAAAGCUCGAUGCUCAAUGACUUUGCUAAAUCUGUUGGAUGUUCUCACUGGCUCAUUAGGAGGGAUGUAGUAGACUUUUUGAAGACACUGUUAUCCAACUAAAGAACGUCUGCCUAAAACGAAAGAAAUCAGCAUUCGGGACACGACUAUCAGUUCUUCUAUUCUUUACACCAAUCCAGUUUAAGUGUCUUUUUCUCUGCAGAGGGAACAGGCAACUUUUUCUUUCAGCUUAAAAGCCUCAUGGAUCAAAGUCCUUCACAGCCACAUCCUGUAAUUGUCAGUGGAGUGUGGGCGGACAGAGGAGAAAGCAGCAGUAUUUGACUCAAACGCGGCAGUAGCGGAGCAGAGGGUGAGAGGAGUUGGGUUGUCCAGUCAGCUGAGGUCGACUGAAGCCAUCACUGUAAAGCAUGUGUGCAGCAGCUCUGGAGGAGUACUGUGGGUCCACCUUUUGGAAUGCUUCAUAUCUGGAGCGACCAGACCCAGACCUCCCAGUAUGUGUGGAACAGACAGUUCUUGUCUGGAUACCUCUGGGCUUCCUGUGGCUCUUUGCCCCGUGGCACCUGGUGGCUCUCUUUAGAAGGCCAAAAGUAAACACAAAGCACCUGUCCAAGCUUUACAUCUGCAAACAGCUUGUGGUGUCUCUGUUGUUCCUGACGGCCAUAGCACACCUGGGAGUCACACUAGGAGAAGAUUUUGGUCCAAACAGUGACCAAUCUUCAAAAAAUGCUGGUGUAUACUACGCAAAUCCAGUUUUAUUUGCAGUCACAUGGAUCCUUGUCCUGCUUUGCCAUGAAGGAUUAAGACGGGAAGGAGCAAUAGACUCUGCCUCUAUUUUCCUCUUCUGGUUGCUCCUUGUAGUGUGUGACAUCUUUCCUUUCCAGACCCUCCUACGAGAGGCUCUCAGACUGGAGGAGGUCCGUGAUGUCCCACGUUUCAGCCUUUUCUACAUUUCUUUUGGGCUUGAACUGAUUGCACUAGUUCUUUCUACUGUAGCUGAUAUCCCCCCAGAAGCUAAGGACCUUAUAAAAAAGAAUCCUGAAGCAGGUGCACCAUUUUUGAGCAGAAUCACAUUCAACUGGUUAAACAGUAUGGUUUUAAAAGGCUACAGACAACCUCUGGUUCAGGAGGACAUGUGGGAUCUGAAUGAGAGUGAUAGCACUGCUUUCAUCAAUGAGCGUUUCCAGCAUUUCAUGAAGCCUGAGUUGGAUGCAGCUAGGGUCCGCUUCCAGAACAAGAUGAAAAAGAAAUCAGCUAAAACCAGAGACAGUGCCCAGGAAGACCCACAGCAAAAUGGGCUUUCCAGUGGUCUGGGGAAAGGAGUCAGUCAGGAUGUACUAAUGAUGGAGGAAAGGGGGAAGAGAGAAGAUGAAAAGAAGAAAAAGAAAAAGGACAAAAAGAAGGAGGAAGAGAACUAUCCCAAUUCAUGGCUGAUUCCCACCCUUUACAAGACCUUUAAAUGGAUUCUGAUUGAAUCUGCAUUCUUCAAACUUGUGCAAGAUGUGUUAACCUUUGUCAGUCCUCAGCUCCUUAAAUUGAUGGUCUCCUUCACUCAGGACAAAUCCAGACAUGCCUGGGAGGGCUAUUUGUAUGCAGUGUUGCUGAUGGUGGUGGCUCUGCUACAGUCUCUGACACUGCAACAGUAUUUCCAGCGCUGCUUUGUGUUGGGCAUGAAGGUUCGCACUGCACUUAUGGCUGCUGUGUACAAAAAGGCAUUAGUGGUGUCCAAUGAUACUCGUAAGGAGUCAACAGUAGGGGAAACGGUGAACCUGAUGUCAGCAGAUGCCCAGCGCUUCAAUGAUGUGACCAACUUUAUCCACCUGCUGUGGUCCUGCCCUCUGCAGAUCAUUAUAUCCAUUGUUUUCCUGUGGCUGGAGUUAGGACCUUCUGUGUUGGCAGGACUGGGAGUCAUGGUGUUAAUGGUUCCAAUCAAUGGAUUUUUGGCAACCAAGGCCAGAAAAAUCCAGAUAGAGAACAUGAAGUUUAAAGAUAAGAGAAUGAAAAUCAUGAAUGAACUUCUAAAUGGGGUCAAGAUUCUCAAGCUGUAUGCUUGGGAGCCAUCCUUCCAGAAGCAGGUGGAAGACAUUAGAGGGGAAGAACUAAAAGUCAUGAAGAAGUUUGCCUACCUGACAUCCGUCUCUAGCUUUAUCUUCAGCUCUGCUCCAGCUCUGGUUUCUCUGGCCACGUUUGCAGUAUUUGUUAGUGUGAGCAACGAUAAUGUGUUAACUGCUGAGAAAGCUUUUACUUCCAUCUCUCUCUUCAACAUCCUCCGAUUUCCUCUUGCCAUGCUGCCCAUGCUCAUUGCUUCCAUUGUGCAAACAGCAGUGUCUAAGAAGCGCCUGGAGAAGUUUCUGGCAGGGGAAGACAUCGACAGUGACAUUGUGCGCCAAGACCCCAGUUUCAAUACUGCUGUGAGCGUAUGUGAUGGUUCCUUUGCUUGGGAAAAAGAUGCAAACCCUCUGCUGAAAGAUGUGAAUUUGGACAUUGAGCCUGGUCGGUUGGUUGCCGUAGUGGGAGCUGUUGGGUCAGGAAAGUCGUCUCUCAUGUCAGCCCUCCUUGGAGAGAUGUACAGUACCAAAGGUUUUAUCAACAUUAGGGGUUCUCUUGCUUUUGUGCCACAGCAAGCCUGGAUUCAAAAUGCCACUUUGAGGGAUAAUAUCUUGUUUGGAUCUCCUCAUGAGGAAAAGAGGUUCAAAGAAGUAAUACAGGCCUGUGCUCUUGCCCCUGACCUUGAGCUGCUGCCUGGAGGAGACCUCACUGAGAUUGGAGAGAAAGGUAUCAACCUCUCAGGAGGUCAGAAGCAACGUGUGAGCUUAGCCAGAGCGACCUACAGUCAGGCUGACAUUUAUCUGUUAGAUGACCCUUUAUCUGCCGUGGAUUCUCAUGUAGGAAAGCAUCUCUUUGAAAAAGUUAUUGGACCCAGUGGAAUACUUAAAAACAAGACUCGUAUCCUGGUGACUCAUGGCAUAAGCUUCCUGCCAUACGUGGAUGAAAUUGUGGUUUUGGAGAAUGGAGUCAUUUCUGAAAUUGGAUCCUAUAAAAACCUUCGUGCCAGUGGAGGAGCUUUUUCCAAGUUUCUCGACACAUAUGCCAAAGAGCAGAGCAAUCAGAGAAAUUCAGAAACAGGUGAGGGCCAGGACGCAGAAGACUUCGAGCUCAUCCCAGAUGGAGACGAUGCCCAACCUGACAGUGCUUUGGAGGACACUGUUUCUCUUACACUGAAGCGAGAAAACAGCAUCCGCCGCAGCCAGCGCAAUGGCAGUGUCAGGUUAAGAAGAAAUACUUCUGUAAAAAAAUCAGAAAAUACUGAUGAACCAAAGAAAGGCCAGAAGCUUAUAGAGAAGGAAACUAUGGAAACAGGACAGGUGAAGCUUGCAGUGUUCCUGCAGUACCUGCGAGCCAUGGGCUGGGGAUAUUCUGCCACGGUUUUCCUGAUUUACUUCAUCCAGAACGCUGCUUUCAUCGGUCAAAAUCUGUGGCUGAGUGACUGGACCGGUGAUUCUGUGGAGUACUACAACACGACAUACCCUUCCUGGAAGAGGGACACAAGGGUGGGAGUGUUCGGAGCUCUUGGAGUGACUCAGGGUAUCUUUGUGUUCCUCGGCACACUGCUCCUAGCAAAUGCUUCCGUCGAUGCGUCUCGUAUCCUGCAUUCAAAACUGCUUAACAACAUCCUGCGAGUUCCCAUGGUUUUCUUUGACACUACACCUAUUGGAAGAGUGGUCAACCGCUUUGCAAAGGACAUUUUUACCAUAGAUGAAGCCAUUCCUAAUUCCGUCCGCUCCUGGCUCCUGUGUUUUCUGGGUGUACUGGGGACGCUAUUUGUCAUCUGCCUGGCAACUCCGUUCUUUGCCAUAGUUAUCAUUCCUUUGGCAGUGAUCUACUUCUUUGUACAGCGCUUUUAUGUCGCCACUUCAAGACAGCUGCGCCGACUGGACUCGGUGUCUCGCUCACCAAUAUAUUCUCACUUUGGUGAGACGGUGUCCGGCCUGUCAGUGAUAAGAGCCUAUAAGCAUCAAGACAGGUUUCUUAAACACAAUGAAGUAACUAUAGAUGAAAACCUCAAAAGCGUUUACCCGUGGAUCGUGUCUAACAGAUGGCUGGCCAUACGUCUGGAGUCUGUUGGAAACCUGGUGGUGUUUUUUUCUGCUCUGUUCGCUGUCAUUUCCAGAGAUUCUAUUGACAGUGGCCUGGUUGGCUUGUCUAUAUCAUAUGCCCUUAAUGUAACCCAGACCCUCAACUGGUUGGUUAGAAUGACCUCAGAGCUGGAGACUAAUAUUGUAGCCGUGGAGAGAGUGAGUGAAUAUACUGAGCUUGAGAAUGAGGCUGACUGGGUAACUGACACUCGGCCCCCACAGCAGUGGCCAGAGGCAGGAAGAGUGCAAUUUGAGAACUACAAAGUCCGUUACAGACCUGAAUUGGAUUUAGUGCUGCAUGGAAUCACUUGUGACAUCGACAGCACUGAGAAGAUCGGUAUUGUCGGUCGCACAGGAGCUGGGAAAUCAAGUCUUACCAACUGCCUGUUUAGAAUUAUUGAAGCUGCUGAAGGUUGCAUCCGCAUUGAUGAUGUAGAUAUCUCUAAAAUAGGCCUGCAUGAUCUGAGAAACAGACUCACGAUUAUACCACAGGAUCCCGUUUUGUUCUCGGGGUCACUGAGGAUGAACCUGGAUCCAUUUGACAAGUUCAGUGAUGAGGAGAUUUGGAGAGUGCUGGAGCUCUCUCAUCUAAAGAGCUAUGUAUCAGGGCUGCAGGAAGGCUUACAGCAUGAAGUGGCAGAGGGGGGAGAAAACCUCAGUGUUGGGCAGAGGCAGCUGCUGUGUCUGGCUCGAGCACUCCUGAGAAAGUCACGUAUCCUAAUUCUGGAUGAAGCCACGGCAGCUGUUGACCUGGAGACAGACAACCUGAUUCAGAACACCAUCCGCAAAGAGUUUUCAGACUGCACAGUCCUUACCAUCGCCCACCGCCUGCACAGUAUCAUGGACAGCUCUAGGGUAAUGGUGCUUGAUGCUGGAAAAAUAGUGGAAUUUGAUUCGCCGAGCAACCUGCUUGAAAAAGAAGGUCAUUUCUACGCCAUGGCAAAGGAUGCUGGGAUAACAUUAGAAAGCAACACACAUUUAUAAUUUCUACUUAUACUGUUUUUUUAGGGAAGGUUUAGGGCCACAAUUUUUUGUGUAUGUAUUUUAUUUGUAGGUUUCAUUGUGAAGACUGGAUUUUACUUUUAUGUAAAGAAACACUGACAUAUAUAUUGUAUUUAUAGGGAACAACAUAGGGAAAACAUAUUGUAUA